CCUAUCCCAUAUUAAUCAAAUAAUUUUCUACCCAUUGUCUGUUGUUGUUACUUAGAUACCAGGGGUCAAAUUAGACUCUCAUUUACACCCGUGUAUAUCUGGAUUCACUCCUCUGAAGUUGCUCUAGCUAUAACUGGGUGCAAAAGAGAGCAUAGUAUGGCCCUUAUCACAUACAAACAGAAAUUGGAGCAUCCAAUAAUCCCUCUCAGGAAGCCUGAUUUUGAACUCAGACUGCUGUAAAUCAUGAGUAACUCCCCUGAAGUCCGAUGGGGAGAUGCAUCAGUGUAUUUCAUUGCUCUAAGAAACUGUGAGGGUAGAAGAUUUUACUCCUUGUAGCAUUCUACAUUAGCCCCAGAAGUGGAAGAAAAAGGAGAGUCUCAAUUUCCUGAGUGGAGGAUUGGAGAGGAGGCUGUUUUCUUAAUGGGAAUUCUUUUUUUAAAAGUCUGUAUCGCAAUGUUCCCAAAACUUAUGCCCAUGCCCAUCCUGAGGCUAGACAUGAGUGUAUAACUAGCAAGAAAGCCACUGAAACCUUCUGAUGCAGUAAGAGGUUGAGAAAAGAGAUUGUUGAACUCUAUUGAUUUGGUUUAUUUUUUUCCUUGGCAGCUUUUCAUUUUCACAAUGAAGUCCAUCAGUGAAGCAACUACAAAAUUUUGCCUUGACUUUUUCAAAGUAUUGAACAAAGAUUUUGCAUCUGAAAAUAUCAUCUAUUCUCCUCUGAGUAACUCAGCUGCCCUGGGCAUGGUCCUUCUUGGGUCCAGAGGUAAUACUGCCACCCAGAUAGAAACAGAUCCUGAUGAUCAGUGUGAUAUACCUGGAGGGAUUCAUUCCCAGUUUCAUGACAUCUUCUCAGCAAUCAACAAACUCACCACUUCUUAUGAGCUGGCUAUUGCCAACAGACUGCAUGGAGAAAAGACAUUCGAUUUUCUUCAGCAAUACCUAUUCUGCAUACAAAAGUUAUACCAGGCAGAAUUGGAACCAGCUGAUUUUCUGAAUGCUACAGAGGAAACCAGAGAACAGAUAAAUCUGUGGGUUGAAAUCUUUACAAACGGUAAAUUCAAGGAUGUCUUUGCCCCGGACAUUCUUUCAGCUCUGACUGUGUUAGUUCUUGUGAAUGCUGUCUACUUCAAAGGGCAAUGGGCAGUGGAAUUUAGAAAAAACACCGAAGAAAAACCUUUUCAAAUAAAUGAGACUACAAGCAAACCUGUGCAGAUGAUGUACAAUAUGGGCAAGUAUAGAAUAGCUACAAUAGAGGAGAAUGAUUGUCAGGUGCUUGAACUCCCGUACAAGGGUGAUGACCUGAGUAUGUAUAUACUGCUGCCAAAAGACUACAAGGGUCUAACACAGCUGGAAAAGGAACUUACCCAUGAGAAAUUAACAACUUGGAUCAGCCCCUGUUAUAUGAAAGAAGAUAAAGUGGAGGUGUCUCUUCCUCAGUUCAAAAUUGAGACAGAAGCUGAACUCAAGCAAUAUUUAAAAGCUUUAGGAAUAACUGAUGUAUUUAGCCAUGAAUCAGAUCUAUCUGGAAUAGCAGAAGCAGAUGUCCUGUCUGUCAGUGAAGCUAUCCAUAAAGCUUAUAUAGAGGUUAAUGAAGAGGGCACUGAGGCAGCAGCUGCAACUGGAAUUAGCAUAGGUACAAUUGUGGCUGAUCACCCUUUCCUCUUCUUUAUUAGACACCAAAAAACCGAAUGCAUUCUCUUCUAUGGUAGAUUCUCUUCCCCUUAAGAAAAAUUCUAAUUAACAUGAAUGAGAUUAUGGACCACAGAACCAUGAUAUGGAAAAUACAAUGGAAAUGUUUAUUUUCUUCAUUUUUCUCUUUUCCUUCCACUGUAUCUAGCCAGUGACUCCAUAGUUAUGGGUGAA